ACGCCGAGCUCUCGGCGAGCCGCCUUGGAUUGGGAGCGAGGCUCCUCGAGCUCGUCCAGUGACAAAGCUGCGUCUACAGCGCGGAGGCGCGCGGAGUGCGCGGGGCUGCGAUUGGCGGGGACACGCGCCGGCGGGAUGGCGGCGGCGGGGCUGUGCAGCGCCGACUUCUCGGACCUGCGGGAGAUCAAGAAGCAGCUGCUGAGCGUGGCGGAGCGCAGCCGCGAGCGCGGCCUGCAGCACAGCGGCAAGUGGGCCUCCGAGCUGGCCUUCGCCCUGGAGCCGCUGCCGCUGAACGAGCUGCCGCCGCCGCCUGCGCUCUCGGAGGAGGAUGCUCGUGAUCUGGAUGCCUAUACGUUAGCCAAGUCCUACUUUGAUCUAAAGGAAUAUGAUAGGGCUGCAUAUUUUCUUCGGGGCUGCAAGAGUCAGAAAGCUUACUUCUUGUAUAUGUACUCUAGAUACCUGUCAGGAGAAAAGAAGAAGGAUGAUGAGACAGUGGAUAGUUUGGGACCACUGGAAAAAGGACAGGUAAAAAAUGAAGCUCUACGAGAACUGAGAGUUGAGCUCAGCAAGAAGCACAAAGCACGGGAACUGGAUGGGUUUGGCCUUUACCUGUAUGGUGUUGUGCUGCGGAAGCUGGACCUGGUUAAAGAAGCAAUAGAUGUGUUCGUUGAAGCUGCUCAUGUCUUACCUUUGCACUGGGGAGCCUGGCUGGAACUUUGCAACUUGAUUACAGAUAAAGAGAUGUUGAAGUUCCUGUCCCUGCCAGAUACAUGGAUGAAAGAAUUCUUUCUUGCACACAUUUAUACAGAGCUGCAGCUGAUAGAGGAGGCUCUGCAGAAGUAUCAGAGUCUCAUUGAUGCAGGAUUUUCCAAAAGCACCUACAUCAUUUCUCAGAUUGCAGUUGCCUACCACAAUAUCCGAGAUAUUGACAAAGCUUUAUCCAUCUUUAAUGAGCUAAGGAAACAAGAUCCUUACAGGAUAGAAAACAUGGACACUUUCUCCAACUUGCUGUAUGUCAGGAGCAUGAAGCCUGAGUUGAGCUACCUGGCUCACAAUCUCUGUGAGAUAGACAAGUAUCGUGUUGAGACCUGCUGUGUAAUUGGAAAUUAUUAUAGCUUACGUAGCCAGCAUGAAAAAGCAGCACUCUAUUUCCAGAGGGCCUUGAAACUGAAUCCUCGUUAUCUGGGAGCCUGGACACUUAUGGGACAUGAAUACAUGGAAAUGAAGAACACAUCUGCAGCUAUCCAGGCUUACAGACAUGCCAUAGAGGUGAAUAAAAGGGAUUACAGAGCCUGGUAUGGCUUGGGGCAAACCUACGAAAUCCUCAAAAUGCCAUUUUACUGUCUCUAUUAUUACCGACGGGCCCACCAGCUCAGACCUAAUGAUUCCCGUAUGCUGGUUGCUCUAGGAGAAUGCUAUGAGAAACUUAAUCAGUUGGUGGAAGCUAAAAAGUGCUAUUGGAGAGCUUAUGCUGUGGGAGAUGUGGAGAAAAUGGCAUUGGUGAAACUAGCAAAGCUGCAUGAACAGCUGAAUGAAUCUGAACAGGCUGCUCAGUGCUAUAUCAAAUACAUCCAGGAUAUCUAUUCUUGUGGGGAGAUAGUGGAGCACCUGGAGGUCAGCACUGCCUUCCGUUACCUUGCCCAAUACUACUUCAAGUGUAAGCUCUGGGAUGAAGCCUCAGCUUGUGCUCAGAAAUGCUGUGCAUUCAAUGAUACUAGAGAAGAAGGAAAGGCCCUUCUGCGGCAAAUCUUACAGCUUCGCAACCAAGGAGAGACCUCAUCCACAGAAAUUGCUUCUCCCUUUUUCCUCCCUGCAUCAUUGUCAGCUAACAGCACUCCCACACGUCGUGUCUCCCCACUCAAUCUGUCUUCUGUUACACCUUGAACAAUGCUGAUACCUCUAACUUGUGCAUUGAAUGUGACGUUGCAGAUGGGGCUUGCAACCACUUAGUUCUUUCCAGUGAAAUUUUUACAUUCAACGUGUUGCCUUCAUGUGAAGGGUUAGGAGUUACCAGAGUCCACAGCUGAAGAAAGAUGUGUCCAAACAGGCAAAGGUGCAGCCUACAUGAAAGUGCCUAUGCUGAGACGUGAGCAUCUGCCGUACUUCUCACAAAGUCAUUCCAGUCAGUGGGCAGAUGUGUUCUAAUAUACUGGACUACUAACUGAGAGACUGGGAAGAAAUUGUCUGCUUGAGUUAAAAUAUAUUAGAAGUUUGACGGCGCCCUGUUAACUCUGGUCUUUACUGAACUUAUUUGGAUGACCUCUUAGUGGUAUUGUUGCUGCAUACAUCAGAAACUGUUACCUGCCUGGCUGCUUAAGAACUUUUGCCUGUCUCAAACUACACAGAAGUUCCACUAAAGUGUUAUGAGGCACUUAGAUAUUGUUGGCAUUUCUGUGUUGAAGGACUGAAAAGUGUCAGGAAUCUCAAGUGGCCACGAGUGACAGCUGUUUGUUCUAUCUGUGAUUUUGACAGAUAUUUUGACUUUGAAAAGAAAGACAGCCAGUAGGAUAGCACAAUUAAAAAAACAAAUGAUUCA